AUGUCCAACAAUAAAACCAUCCCCACGGCCCAAUACGACGAGGUCAUCGCCACAGCAACAAAAUAUGUGGACGGCCUUCGCAGCGGCAGCGCGACCGGGGUCUCCCAAGCCUUCCACUCCGAUGCUACCAUGUACGGCCUCUUGAACGGUACUCUCCUCGGCGGUCCUAUCAAGAACCUCUACACUUACGUCGAUCAGCAUGGUUCCGCGGCGAAUAUAAAGACUCGCCUUGAUGUUAUUGGUAUUACCCCUACGACUGCUGUGGUCAAGGUUGAUAUGGAGAAGGAUGCAUCGGGAACGGACUAUACGGAUUUUUUGACUCUGAUUAAGUUGGACGGGAAAUGGCAAACUAUUGCGAAGGUUUUUCAUGCUUAUGAUGGCUAA